AUGGCAAGUCAAGACCAGCAGCAGAACAUACAACAUAAAGCGAAUAAGGAAGAGAUUGAAAGAAUCAUUACAGCUAGCAAAGAAGCUGCUUCUACUAGACUGAGAGAAUACGAAGAAGAAUCCGAUGAAUACAAGCAAGCAAGCUCUGAUAUGGAGAAAUGGGGACAGUGGGAAGAGAAGUUCAAGCAGAUCGACAAAAAUGAUCCUGAUGCAACGUACAUAUUAGCUUGGGUUGACGAAAAGGUCCGGACCGGGUUCGGACCUGGACUGGACCGCUGGUCCGGUCCACAAGAGGUCCAGCUGGGUCCGGUCCAAGGUCCAGGAUUUCAUAAGAAAUCGGUCCUGGUCCGGUUCACGGUCCAGCAAAAACCUGUCUGGACCGGACCUGGACCGGACCGCGGCAACUAUAGUGGCCUUGCAAAUGACAAAUUGUGCAAGGUCCGUGCAUUCGCUAGACUUUCAAGCGUUGCUUCCUAUAGCUGGGAGCUGAUAUUCGCAGACAGCGCCCGGCCAGGGUCACGUCUCACGACCUCUCCCUCCCAGGCUCCUACCGCUCCAGGACCUCUAGCAUUCGGCGACACACGUGCAUCGCUUCAUCUCUCCCUCCUCGUACCUGUCUCUGAGACCGAGUUGAGGCAGUUCUCACCGAGUGAGGUGCAGAAUGCUCGAGCGAUAUUCGCUGCGAGGAGGACAGCGUAUCCGAACUCGCCUGUUAAUAUUGUACACGCGGACUUUUUGUACGGAUGUACAGAGUUCGCGGGGUUCGUACGAAACGCGGAUUAUUCGUUCGUCGUUCGUAUGGCGCCGCCUUCUUUUGCUUGA